AUGGUCAAAAUCAAGGCUCAGGACCUUCGCAGCAAGAAAAAGGAGGAGUUGUUGAAACAGCUGGACAAUCUGAAAGUAGAACUUUCCCAUCUGCACGUCGCCAAAACUCAGAAGGAGAACCUCGGAAAAUACUAUAAGGACAAGAAGUACAAACCCCUGGAUCUGCACCCCAAGAAAACACGUGCCACGCGCCGAAGGCUCAACAAGCACAAUGAGAACCUAAAAAUCAAUAAGCAGCAGCAAAAAAAGGGCCUGCACCCACUGUGGAAAUAUGCAGUCAAGGCCUGA